UUACGUUACGUCUAAUUUCGUUCUGCAUUAUAAAUCUGAAGAUAACGUACAUAGUGAUAAUGAACGUGACACGCAGGUAAUACCUACGACACGUCACAGGUAAACAAGAUCUGAUAGCGAGACGACAGCCCGCCGUUGCCUCUGUCAGUUGGCGCUUGCGCGUUAGGGCGUCGCGGUACGGCGCCAGUGCGAACACUUAUAGACUGGUUGGUGGUUUAGGGCUGUCCUGUCCUUCCCCGUUCGUCACCAUGAGCAGCCGCCCGCUCCGCCGGCUUGCGGCCGCGGCGAGGCCUCUUCUCCAGCGCUCAUGUGGAUGCUACCGCGAAUACAGUCAAGUAAUACCCGUCUACAUUAUAGACAGACCCGCUAAAUGGCGAAACUCUGCACCCAAUUUUUAUGCGGCUCAAUCUAUAGAUAUGAGGAGCAGACAGUAUUCGUUCGUGCAUAACCUCGAUUCCUCGUCGGUAGCAGAGGGAUCACAUAAAAACGCAGAUGAUGUCUUGUUUGAUAUGUUCAAGAAUGAAGAUACAGGCCUCCUUCCCGUUGGAAAGUUUUUGGCCGCCUUGAGAACAACCGGUAUUAGAAAGAAUGAUCCACGCGUUAAGGAAGUUAUGCACAACUUGUACAAAGCCCAUAAAGAAUCAAACUACGAAGGAGGUUCUCCCGAAACACUUAAAUUGGACAGGAAAACAUUCAAAGAAGUUAUAGCGCCAAAUAUAGUUCUCAUAACGAGAGCAUUUCGUAGCCAAUUUGUGAUUCCGGAUUUCCAAGAUUUUAUCAAGGACAUAGAAGAAAUGUACUGGGCGGCUAAGAGUAAUACAGAUGGCAAAGUGGCUAGUUACAUACCUCAGCUGGCUCGGGCGAGCACGGAAAAUUGGGGAAUCAGCGUUUGCACUAUUGACGGUCAAAGAUUUUCUAUAGGUGACGUGGCGGUGCCAUUCACGCUUCAGUCGUGCAGCAAGCCGCUCACAUACGCCAUGGCGCUCGAGACGCUGGGCCCCGACGUGGUACACAAGUACGUUGGCACGGAACCAAGCGGCCGCAACUUCAAUGAGCUCGUCUUAGACUACAACAUGAAACCUCAUAACCCUAUGAUCAACGCUGGCGCAAUAUUAGUAUGCUCUCUACUGAAGCAAUUGGACAAACCAGAGAUGACCCUCGCUGAGAAGUUCGAUUAUGUAAUGUCGUUCUUCAGUAGGCUCUCGGGUAACGAGCCCUUAGGCUUUAACAACGCAGUAUUUCUGUCGGAGCGCGAGGCUGCCGAUCGCAACUAUGCGCUCGGCUUCUACAUGCGCGAGCACAAAUGUUAUCCGGAGAAAACAAAUCUGCGCGAAUGCAUGGACUUCUAUUUUCAGUGCUGCUCUAUGGAGGCCAACUGCGACAUAAUGUCCAUCAUGGCGGCGACAUUAGCAAACGGUGGCAUCUGCCCUAUAACUGACGAGAAGGUCCUACGGCCAGACUCCGUCCGCAACGUGUUGUCCCUCAUGCACAGUUGUGGCAUGUACGACUACUCGGGCCAGUUUGCUUUCAAAGUGGGCCUGCCGGCAAAGUCAGGAGUGUCAGGGGCUAUGCUCAUAGUUGUGCCCAAUGUUAUGGGAAUCUGCACCUGGUCACCACCACUUGACCCUCUGGGCAACAGCUGCAGAGGACUUCAGUUCUGUGAUCAAUUGAUAGAACGUUUCAACUUCCACAAAUACGACAAUAUCCGCUAUGCGAGCCACAAAAAGGAUCCUAGGCGCUACAAAUUUGAAACUACUGGUCUCAGUAUUGUUAACCUUCUAUUCUCAGCUGCCAGCGGGGACCUAAGUGCACUCAGGAGGCAUCACCUCUCCGGCAUGGACAUGACGCUGUCCGACUACGACGGUCGCACGGCGCUCCAUCUCGCCGCCGCGGAGGGCCACCUGGCUUGCGUAGACUUCCUAUUGGCGCAGUGCAAUGUGAACCACGACCCUCGCGACCGCUGGGGCAGCCGCCCUCUCAACGAGGCGGAGACCUUCGGCCACGCCGCCGUCGUCCAGUACCUUAAAGAAUGGGAGCGCGCGAACCCCAAGGGCAAGGAGACCCCCGGAGCCUCCGUCGCAGAGAUCCUCGAAGCCCAUCCAGAUGCCAACGAUGCCGUCAAAGACCCGAGCAUUCAGGAGAUCGUCUCCAGAAACGGCGAUAAAGCACAGUAAAAGGAUCUCAAUACCUUAUUGCGAUUGCCGACGAUCUCACGAAUAUAAAGGAUAUUAUAGCCAAGGGAUUAUGCUAACUAUUUAAAAAAAAGUAAUUAUAAGUAAAACCGUUGUAUGAUGCAGUUUCGUAAAUGCAUUUUUAUUUUGAAAGCUGCCUCGAUUAUAUAGGGCAAAAAACUUUAGGAUCAACAGACGCAAAAUGUGUAUAGGAAUAUUUACAAAAUUAUAUUGAAAUAUAAAACAUUCCAUUUACAGUUGUAAAGCUGUUUACAUUUAAGAGGUACUCUGACAGAUUUCAUAUUAAUUAGAAAAUUAGAUAAAAAGAAAUUUACAAACUAAACUUUGUAGUAUCUAUACCAUAGCAUAAGUAAAAUAUAUUAAGACAAUAAUUUAUAGUUAUGGUAGAUAGUUUAGAGCAAUUAAAUUUAUGAAGUUAUUUUAUUGUUCUCUGUGUCAUUCAAUGUUGUCCAAAUAUGUAAUGUCAAUUAAAUAAAUUGUUGAGUUUAACAAAUUGACAA